AUGCAGUCAAUGCCGUUGCUGCUUAGGCAAUCGCUGCGGUCGAGCAGUUCUGGCUUCCUGCGACCCAACUGCCGGCGUCUACGUCCUGCGCUCGUCUCCUCGUCACCGAAGCAGUCUUCACAUUAUUCUCCCCAGAACCCCGCGCGCAGCUUCUCGAUCUGCCUGCGGUGUCAGUUUCGAAGCCAGUCGAGGCUGUUCAGUACAAAGGACGAUGGCAAGCCCGAAUUGAACGGCGACAAACGCUCCGACGCUGCUAGCCCAGUCUUGGCUGACCUGGCUGCAAACGAGACCGAACAGCGUCCACAAGCUGUACCGCAGAAACCUUCGGCGGAAGUCGACCAGGCUGGAGAAGAUGGACUGCCUUCAGAGGAGGAGGGACGACGGUCACAGCUGUCAAAGAAGUUUACAGAUAUGAUGGACAAUAUACAGUCCAAUGUUUUCACUGCUGGGCAGCGCUUGAAUGACUUGACCGGGUACUCGGCUAUAGAGCAGCUGAAACAAGACAUUGCACUACAGGAAAAGCAGGUCAUAGAGGCCCGGUCCCUUAUCCGACAAGCUAAAGAGGCAUACACUGCCGCCAUUAAUCGACGCUCCACCUCUCAACGCGAAGUCAACGAACUGCUUCAACGAAAACACGCAUGGUCUCCCACAGACCUGGAACGCUUUACAUCGCUCUAUCGCUCUGAUCAUGCCAACGAAGUCGCCGAAGCCGAAGCACAAGAAGCCCUCGCAAAGGCAGAGCACGAGUCGGAAGAGGUAUCGGCCAACCUCAACCGCAGCAUUCUCUCCCGCUACCACGAAGAACAGAUAUGGUCCGACAAGAUUCGCCGGAUGAGUACAUGGGGCACAUGGGGGUUGAUGGGGGUGAAUGUACUCUUGUUCCUCGUUUUUCAAAUCCUGGUCGAACCAUGGCGUCGACGAAGAUUGGUCAAGGGGUUUGAGGAGAAGGUCAAGGAGGCUAUCGAGGCAGAGUCCGCCGCAAACAGGGCCAUCGCUACAGGGCUUGCUCCAGCUGCGGAUAGUGUAAUAGUUGAAGCAUCGCCAACGCCCGCGGCUCAGCCAGAUUCUGAGUCUGACUCGGCUAGCAGCGGAGUCUCUCUGGCCCGUGAAGAGGCGUCUAACCUGGGUCUUGUCGCUGAUCCCAAUGAUCAAAGCCCUACAACGAUACAUGCCGAGCCCAUCUCACAAAAGCCAUCUUUCUCGGAACGAUUGGCCCCAUUGCUGUCGUCCGAGUAUUGGCGCCAUCUCGCCGAUUCCCGUCUGAGCGAUCGCAAUGUCGUUCUCACCCAGCGCGAGUUGACCACGGUGUCAAUGCAGAGCGCUGCAAUUGGCGCUUUUUUUGUGAGCGCGAUGGUUGCCAUUCUACGCCUGUGUUAG